UGUGUCACAGACCGGGCCGGGGAUGGCGGCACGCGCGGCUGACCUGUGACCUGACCCGACCGGCCGGCAUGGCGGUGCGUCUGGGCGGCCCGCUGCCGCUGCUGCUGCUGCUGGCCGUGGCGGCCGCUGCCAGCAGCAGGGACGGUAAGGAGGACAUCCAUAUCGCCGGCUUCUUCCCUAUGACGGCCGGCGAGCUGGGCGUCGUCAGCGACGGAAACGACCCCGGCGAGCUCGGACGGGGCGUCAUGCACGCCGUGGAGCUGGCCGUCAAACACGUCAACAAGGCCAGAGACGUGCUGCCCAGCGUGCGGCUGCACGUCACCUGGAACAACACCCAGUGCAGCUCAGCUGUGGCGAUGAAGGCGUUCUUCGACAUGAUGUCGAACGGGUCGCACAAGAUGGUGCUGUUCGGGGCGGCGUGCACGCACGUCACAGAUCCGAUCGCCAAGGCGUCCAAACACUGGAAUCUGGCCCAGCUCUCCUACGCCAACACGCACCCGAUGUUCACCAAGCGCAACUUUCCAAACUUUUACCGGAUCGUGCCCAACGUGCGCUACCUGGACGUGGCUCGCGUGGAGUUUGUCAAACUGCACGGCUGGAAGAGGGUCGGCACACUCUGCCAGGAUGACCCCCGCUACACACUGGCGCACAACGGUAUGGUCAAGCUGCUCGACACAUUCCAAGUGGACGUGGUUGCCAUGGAAACGUUCGCCGGCAAGCUGACCGACCAGCUGGAGAAGCUGAAGGCCAAGGAUGUGCGCAUAGUUUUGGGCAGCUUUGACGAGAGCUGGGCGAGGCGGAUAUUCUGUGAGGCGCGCCGAGUGGGCAUGUUCGGCCGCCGCUACCAGUGGCUGCUGGUGGGACUGUACAGUGAGCGCUGGUGGGAGCGGGACCAGUUCGCCGGACCGGAGCCGGCCGACCCGGCCGAGCGCUGCUCGCCAGAGGACGUGGUGCCCGCACUCCAGGGCGCCGUGCUUACCGACGUGCUCCACCUGAGCAACAGCCGGCGCAGGGUCAUCUCCGGCAUGACUGCCAGCGAGUACAAGAAGCAAUACGACCACGUCCGCGGGAAGGACUACUCUCGGUUCCACGGGUACGCCUACGACGGCAUCUGGGCCAUCGCCUCUGCUCUGCAUCAGGUGACGUGGCGCAUCCGUCACAACCAGUCCCCGCUGCCGAGCUGGGCCAACCUCAGUGAUUUCCGCUACCAGGACGAGCGCUGGGAGACGGUGCUCAAGUCGGCCCUGAACGACAUCAGCUUCGAGGGUGUCACGGGCUCGGUGAAAUUUUCAGAAAAUGAGCGGAGAGGUUUCGUCGUCUUGAAGCAGUUUCGAGACAACCGCACGUCGUUUAUCGGCGUGCACGACCUGAACCAGCUGCGCUGGCUCACCCCGGAGGACGACGACCGGAUCGAGCCCAUCUGGUGGUUCUCUGGCAAACAGCCGCUGGACCAGACCAUCCGGCACAUCGAGAAGGCGCGCGUCAACGUGCAGCUGUACGCGGCGCUGGUGGUGGCUGCCUCACUGGGCAUCGUCAUGGCCGUCAUCUUCCUCUUCAUCAACAUCCGCUUCCGCAACCAGAGGUACAUCAAGAUGUCGUCUCCGUACCUCAACAACCUGAUAAUCAUCGGCUGCAUCCUGACGUACACGUCUGUGAUCCUGCUGGGUCUCGACUCGAGCCUCACCUCUGAGGAGUCCUUCCCCGUCGUGUGCGCCGCCAAGACCUGGGUGCUCAUGGCCGGCUUCACCCUGGCAUUCGGCUCCAUGUUCUCCAAGACGUGGCGGGUCCACUCCAUUUUCACGGACGUCAAGCUGAACAAAAAGGUCAUCAAGGACUACCAGCUGUACAUUGUGGUCGGAGUUCUGCUCUCUAUCGACAUUGCCAUUAUGACCACCUGGCAGAUCGUUGAUCCGUUCUACCGAGAGACCAAGCAACUCGGACAAUAUCCUCACCCUCAGAACGACGACGCCAUUAUCAUACCAGAGAACGAGUACUGCAAGUCGCACAAGAUGACUGUCUUUGUCGGCUGCAUAUACGCUUAUAAAGGGUUACUAAUGAUAUUUGGUUGUUUUUUGGCGUGGGAGACGCGCCAUGUGAAUAUCGCUGCUCUGAACGACUCCAAGUACAUAGGUAUGAGUGUCUACAACGUGGUAAUCAUGUGCGUCAUCGGCGUGGCCAUCUCGUUCGUCCUGUCCGACGACCAGGACGCCUCCUUCAUCAUCAUCUCCGUCUUCAUCUUGUUCUGCACCACCGGCACGCUGUGUCUAGUCUUCGUACCUAAGUUAAUUGAGCUGCAGAAGUCGAAGCGCGCGCCGCCGGGCCGGCUGCGCGCCACGCUGAAGCCGCCCCGCUCGCGGGGCUACCAGUGCACGGUGAACGCCGCCGCGCUGGGCAUCAGGGAGAACAUCCGCCGAUCAGAGGACAUGGCCACCCGGCUGCGGCUCAAACUGCGCGCCCUCGAGCAGGAGCUGGACCACCUGAUGCGUCAGGUGGGGGACGAGGCUCAGGAGUACCUCAACCAGCGGAUGGCCGGAGCGCGACUCACCGUGCCGCGCCUGUCCUGUCUGGGCAUGGAAGGCAAGCCACGGCCCUCGAUGACAGAGAGCACCGAGAUAACAUCGCUCUGCUCUUACACAGAGUACGAUGUGGACGCGCCGGAGCCCAGCCUCAGGAAGCGGUCGUCGGUGCAGCACACGCUGCUGCCGUCGAUUGCCGCGUCGACGGACAACCUGGGUGAGCUGCCGUCGCCGCCGACGUCGCCGUUCGUGCCCUUCCAGCGUAACUACCUGGUCGCCAACGGCCUCGAGGUGGAGCUGGGGAACAUCAUCGUCGAAAACGUCGACGAGCCGAGCUGUUACGCGGUGAAGGACGGGGAGGAGAGCCUGGCCGAGGAGCCGGCCGUCGAGCUGCUGCUCGGCCAGUCGGCGCCGGCCGUGCACAAGUUCGGCCGCAGCUCUCUGGACUGUGUCAUGCACCACGGCCUGCUCUCGGUGCCGGCCAGUGACGAGCCGCUGCUCCGCCGGCGCAGCGACCCCGGCGUGCGCCAGUACAGCCUGGCCAGCGCCAUCAACGCGCUCAACGCCAGCCUGGCCAACAUCAUCAACGCCACGUCGUACAGCACCGUUACCAAUAACAGCAGCUCCAUCUCGCGCUUCAUCGAGGAGGCCGCCUUCCAGGCGCUGCACUCGUCCAGCUCCGACCCCAGCCACCUGGAGGGCGGCGACGUCGGCCACGGCGCCGACCUCGACUCGCCGCCGCCCGACGACGACUCGGACUCGGCGCGACUCGGCGAGUCGAGCGGUCCGAGCGAGCCGAGCGGCUCCAGCGCCGAGGCGACCACGCGCUCGCUGGACUCGCUGUCGGCCGAGUGCGGCGACUCGGACCUCCAGUCGGUCUCCGAGUCGGCGCCGCCGCCCCCCGGGCACGCCCUCCUCGUCAACGGAGACGUCCUCCAGAUGCUGCGUAUGCGCAACAGCCAGCUCAGCGUCAAACCGGUCGCAGAAUCAGACGGCGGUGACGCGGAGCAGCCGGACCGGUCGCCGUUCUCAGCGCGCUCCUCAGCUUCCUGUCCCCGUCUGCUGGGUGACGCGCCCCUCAGCCUGUCGGCGGCGCCGGCCGGCGGCGACGGGCCCCUGUCGGGAGCCAUCCUGCCCAUCUUUCACAAACUGGUCAGUGAGCGGCAGCGCGCGCGGCCGGCGCCUGUGCACGCGGCUGCCUCCUGUCCCAACAUCACCGUCAAGUGCGACAUCGUGCAGUACUUGUAGCGUGCCGCUGGCGCACAGACACUGGUGGCGCGGGCGUGACACGCCGGCGACAUGUGUGACGCUCCGGUGACUGAUCUCUCCGUGGUGUAUGAGUAUUUUUACUACCAACAGACCUGAAAGGCUAUCUUGAGUGCGAUGCUAGUCUGUCCGUGACCAGUGUUGUUGGAGAGGCACGUAUGCGUGCGAUGUUAUUUGUUGUGGUACGUGCCGUUGUGGCAAUGCGUUUUCGUGUGUGUGUGUCGCUCUGUGCGCUCUCAAAAUGAUACGCUUCCAUUCGUUCCAUAGCCGGUGGACGACCCGUGCUUGUGUGCCGGCUGGCUGCGCGCAGCUGAGUGGGUGCAGGAUGGAUGCAGGACUGGGUGCAGGGCUGGGUGCAGGGGUGCACGGAAGGACGCGGGUGUUGCUGUUGAUCUCUGUGCAGGUGCACUGGUGCACAUGGGGUGUAAGUGCUGGUGUGGGAGCGGGACGCGGGUGCGGGUGCGAGUGCGGUAUCCCCGACUCCUGAUCUGCAUUCUGACCCCCCCCCCCCCCCGCCCCAGGGAGUUACCAACGCCCUGUUCGCUGCACAAAAAGUUAACGUUCCACGCCUUUUCGAACAACUGACGCGUGAUUGAUAAUAUACUCGUGCUAAACAGCGAAAAAAGAAUUAUUGGCUGACCACCUUGGAAUGAUGUUACCUCUUGCUAUUUUUUUUUUUUUUUUUUAGCGAAUCAAUUAUCUCUUCUGUUUCACAUGGCUAAAACAUCUCGCAAACGAUUAGACAAGCUUUUAUUUGGAAUUCAAUACAUUAACUUUACAUCAGAAAAGAACUUAAUGUCGCGGCUGCGGCAGAGCUCUGGGAAGCUGCGUUUCCGAGGUGACAAAGCCUGCUGAAGUCGGUUGGUCGCUGUCAAAAUGAUGAGCGGCCGCGGAAAAGAGUGCUUUUCGCGUCCGUCGUUUUUAAUCUAAGUUUGGGAAGUGGAGAGAAGCUGUCGUCGGACGGCGCACCGCUAUCGUAUUUUUCCGCGCCGUCCCACUCCCUCCGAACUUGAUGACGGGCCAGC